CGACGCAGGAAGUAACGACGCUCCUGGAGCGCGCCGGGCGCUGUUUCUUCUCAGGCUCCGGGAGCGGCGGCGGCGGGGACGGCGCAGGGCGUUUUAACUCAAAUGGGUGAUGAAAAGGACUCUUGGAAGGUGAAAACUUUAGAUGAAAUUCUUCAGGAAAAGAAACGAAGGAAGGAACAAGAGGAGAAAGCAGAGAUAAAACGCUUAAAAAAUUCUGAUGACCGGGAUUCCAAACGGGAUUCUCUUGAAGAGGGAGAGCUGAGAGAUCACCGCAUGGAGAUCACCAUAAGGAACUCGCCGUAUAGAAGAGAAGACUCCAUGGAAGACAGAGGAGAGGAAGAUGAUUCUUUGGCUAUCAAACCACCCCAGCAAAUGUCUCGGAAAGAAAAAGCUCAUCACAGGAAAGACGAGAAGAGAAAAGAGAAACGUAGGCAUCGUAGCCAUUCAGCAGAAGGGGGGAAGCAUGCUAGAGUGAAAGAAAAAGAAAGAGAACACGAACGGCGGAAACGGCACCGGGAAGAACAGGAUAAAGCUCGCCGGGAGUGGGAAAGACAAAAGAGGAGGGAGUUGGCAAGAGAACAUUCCAGGAGAGAGAGGGACCGCCUCGAGCAGCUGGAAAGGAAGCGGGAGCGGGAACGCAAGAUGCGGGAGCAGCAGAAGGAGCAGCGGGAGCAGAAGGAGCGGGAGCGGCGCGCCGAGGAGCGGCGCAAGGAGCGCGAGGCCCGCAGGGAAGUUUCUGCUCAUCACCGGACGAUAAGAGAGGACUACAGUGACAAAGUGAAAGCGAGCCACUGGAGUCGCAGCCCACUGCGGCCACCGCGGGAGCGGCUAGAGCUGGGGGACAGCCGGAAGCCAGUGAAAGAAGAGAAAAUGGAGGAAAGAGACCUGCUGUCUGACCUACAGGACGUCAGCGACAGCGAGAGGAAAACCACUUCGGCCGAGUCCUCCUCAGCAGAAUCGGCGUCAGGUUCUGAGGAGGAAGAGGAGGAGGAAGAGGAGGAGGAAGAGGAAGAAGAGGAGGGGAGCUCCAGCGAGGAGUCGGAGGAGGAGGAGGAGGAGGAGGGGGAGGAGACGGGCAGCAACUCGGAGGUGGCGUCGGAGCAGUCCGCGGAGGAAGUGAGUGAGGAAGAAAUGACUGAUGACGAAGAGGGAGAAGAUGAAAACCACGUCCUGGUUGUUCCAGAGUCACGGUUCGACCGAGAUUCCGGGGAGAGUGAAGAAGGGGAGGAAGAAGGGGGCGAGGGGACCCCGCAGAGCAGCGCCCUCACCGAGGGGGAAUGUGUGCCUGACUCCCCAGCCUUGUCGCCCAUCGAGCUCAAGCAGGAGCUGCCCAAGUACCUGCCGGCCCUGCAGGGCUGCCGGAGCGUGGAGGAGUUCCAGUGCCUGAACAGGAUCGAAGAAGGCACCUAUGGGGUGGUCUACAGAGCGAAGGAUAAGAAAACAGAUGAGAUUGUGGCUCUGAAGCGGCUGAAGAUGGAGAAAGAGAAGGAAGGUUUCCCCAUCACGUCCCUGAGGGAGAUCAACACUAUCCUCAAGGCCCAGCACCCCAACAUCGUCACUGUCAGAGAAAUUGUCGUGGGCAGCAACAUGGACAAGAUCUAUAUCGUGAUGAACUACGUGGAGCACGACCUCAAGAGCCUGAUGGAGACCAUGAAGCAGCCCUUCCUGCCAGGGGAGGUGAAGACCCUGAUGAUCCAGCUGCUACGUGGGGUGAAGCACCUGCAUGACAACUGGAUCCUGCACCGAGACCUCAAGACGUCCAACCUGCUGCUGAGCCACGCCGGCAUCCUCAAGGUGGGCGACUUUGGCCUGGCGCGGGAGUAUGGAUCCCCUCUGAAGGCCUACACCCCGGUUGUGGUGACCCUGUGGUACCGUGCCCCAGAGCUGCUGCUUGGUGCCAAGGAGUACUCCACGGCCGUUGACAUGUGGUCGGUGGGCUGCAUCUUUGGAGAGCUGCUGACUCAGAAACCUCUGUUCCCCGGGAAAUCAGAAAUCGACCAGAUCAACAAAGUGUUUAAGGACUUGGGGACCCCCAGUGAGAAGAUCUGGCCUGGCUACAGUGACCUGCCUGCGGUCAAGAAGAUGACUUUCAGCGAGCACCCCUACAACAACCUGCGCAAGCGCUUCGGGGCCCUGCUCUCAGACCAGGGCUUUGACCUCAUGAACAAGUUCCUGACCUAUUUCCCUGGGAGGAGGAUCAAUGCAGAAGACGGCCUCAAGCAUGAGUACUUCCGCGAGACCCCCCUCCCCAUUGACCCCUCCAUGUUCCCCACGUGGCCUGCCAAGAGUGAGCAGCAGAGGGUGAAGCGGGGCACGAGCCCACGGCCCCCCGAGGGAGGCCUGGGCUAUAGCCAGCUGGGCGAUGAUGACCUGAAGGAGACUGGCUUCCACCUCACCACCACCAACCAGGGGGCCUCGGCCGCAGGCCCUGGCUUCAGCCUCAAGUUCUGAGGGUCAGAGCCGACCCCUCCAGACCAGGGCCUGCCCCCAGCACCGCCGCAGCUGCCGAAGCUGUGCUGUCAGGGGGACACCCCCGUCUUGGGGUUCCUCAUCUUAUUUGGUUUUCCACAUUCUGUUUUUAUAUUACUUUUGUUUGUAAAUUUGUAGAAUUAAAUCACAUUUUCCUUGU